AUGCCCGCUUCUCCGCCUCCCCCUCCAGGUUACUAUGUCCCUGCAGUACUCUUCUUCGAUGAGAAUGAGGAGCUCGACGUCCCUAACAUCAAGGCUCACGUCCUCCGUCUCGCCCAAGGAGGCGUAACAGGCAUCCUCGUCCAAGGAUCGAAUGGAGAGGCUCAACAUCUAUCGCACGAAGAACGCAAGCAGGCGAUCGCCCUCACCCGACAAACUCUUGACGAGAACGGCUUUCAGAAUGUGCUCGUGAUCGCUGGAACCGGCGCACAGUCUACUCGCGAGACAAAAAAACUCUGUGUUGACGCGAAGGAGGCAGGCGCAUCUCAUGCUCUGGUCCUCACCCCCUCAACCUGGCCACCCCAGAUGACCGUUGAGAAUGUCCUCCGAUUCCAUCGCGAAGUAGCUGAUGGAUCUCCAAUUCCGACGAUGAUCUACAACUUCCCUGUCGUCACUGCUGGUCAGGACCUCGACUCGGACAUCCUCUCCACACUCGCCGAGCAUCCCAACAUCGUCGGGACCAAGCUAUCCUGCGGGAACAUUGGCAAGCUGCAACGUCUUACGACGCGUUUCCCGUCAUCCGAAUUCGCAGUCUACGCCGGCCGAUCGGAUGCCUUCCUCCAUGGUCUCAACGCAGGAAGUGCUGGCACCAUCGCUGCAUUGGUGAACCUGGUUCCGAAGUUGCAUGGGAAGCUUUACAAGCUCUUCCAGGAGGGAAAGCACCUGGAGGCGAUGGUUCUGCAAGGGAAGCUGGGCCAAGGAGAUUGGGCUGCAUCGAAGGUUGGAGGGAUUGGAGGGAUCAAGGCAGUCAUAUCAAGGAACUUUGGUUAUGGCACUCCCAGCGUUCGUGGUCCUUUGAAGGCGGUCAACCUCGACAAUUUCGCGGACAACAAGUAUUACAGGACGCUCCUCGAGUUGAUCGAGAUGGAGAAAGCCUUGUGA